UGUGUUUAUACUACCAACCCAUUAUUGACAACAAGGAAGGACCAAGAUGCCGCCAAACAGUGCCCACGGCAAGCUAGACAGCGAGGAGACCAACGCGGCAGCGUGGCAGGCCACAAGAGGUGCUGUGACAGGAGCAGCGAGGUGGGGCAUCUAUUCUGCAGUCGCGGCCGGCAUUGCCUAUGCAUACUCGCCAGUAUAUCGUGGCCUGACUAUCCAAUUCAAAGUCUUCCUCCAGAUGUCUGGCAUGAUCUUUGGCAGUGUUAUUGAAGCAGACGAACGCCUACGAAUCUACGGCGAACGAUCACGGCGUCAAAAAGUCAUGGCCCGUGACGCUGCUGUAUGGAGAAAAUAUGAGGAGGAGUUUGAGAGUUUGGGUAUUUCGGGUAUUGCCAGCGAGGCUAGAGCAAAGAAGGGCGGUUCCGAAGAGCAGGGGCAGGAGAAAUAAGGCUGUAAACGCAGGAUGCUUCCAAUCGUUGAUCAAAAAAGGGCUGUACCUAGAACGCCUACAUGAAUACUGAAAGUUCCAUGCCUCUCGGCAGGUAGGGAUGCGAUUAUUCUUUUCCUCCAUAUCGCGCUGUUGCUCGAGGCUCAUGACGCAUAGUCCAUGCCAGAGAGCACAGAGAGGGUAACAAAGAAGUACCAUAUCUAAACAUGAUACAUCACGCAUACCACUGACACAAUUAUGAAGCAAGACAACUUGCGCGCG